AUGUCAAACGCCGUAGUAAAUGGGCUGGCUGGAGCCGGCGGAGGUAUCGUAGCCCAAAUAAUUACUUACCCGCUCCAAACGGUUAAUACUCGCCAGCAAACAGAAAGAUUUGCUAAGAAAGAUUCCACUUCGACUCCUACCACCAGCCCUGCCAGCGGUACGCUUGUUCAAAUUUUCCAGGUUAUCAAAAGCGAGGGCUUGGGAGGACUUUACAGCGGCCUCAAGCCUUCUCUACUUGGCACUGCUGCUUCGCAGGGUAUCUACUAUUAUUUUUACCAGGCUUUCAAAAACAAAGCAGAGGCUAUUGCAGCGGCAAAUAGAAAAAAAGGACAUGGGGAUGGUUCUCCAGGAAUGCUUUCUUGGCUUCUUGUGGCAGCUCUUGCUGGGUCACUAAAUGUACUGCUGACAAACCCAAUAUGGGUUCUUGUGACUCGUAUGCAGACACAAACUCAAGCGGAACGAAAAAUUGUGGAGGCAAAAAGGGAAGCUCUAUUAAAGGAAGCUUCAGAAAAUGUUCUGACUCAUUCUUCUUUGCAAGACCAGCUGGCAUCACUAGAUUCAAUAAAGCCUCGCCCAUAUGGGACAUUUCAAGCGGCAUGCGAAGUUUAUAAUGAAUCAGGAAUAACUGGAUUCUGGAAAGGCAUUGUUCCAACCCUAAUCAUGGUCUGCAACCCAUCAAUACAGUUCAUGAUUUAUGAGACUUCAUUGAAGUAUCUCAGGGCUAAGCGAGCUACUAGGAAGCAACUUCUGAAGGAUAUAACUGCUUUGGAGAUUUUUUUACUGGGGGCCUUGGCAAAACUUGGAGCUACUGUGUCUACAUACCCCUUGUUGGUUGUUAAGUCAAGACUUCAAGCAAAGCAAGAGAUUGGUGGAAAUAUCCUGCUAAGAUAUUCAGGUACACUAGAUGCCAUUGUUAAGAUGAUCCACUACGAAGGGCUUGGCUGCUUCUACAAAGGGAUGAGCACAAAGAUAGUACAGAGUGUCUUUGCAGCGUCUGUACUUUUCAUGAUAAAGGAGGAGCUUGUUAAGGCCCAUUCAUUAACGUCAUGUUCCAAAUUGUAUUUGGCUCGGAAGCCAUUCACAUUUGUGAAAUGUCUAUCCAACCAAUUGAUAGAAAACCAGCAUGUCCUUCUGUUCCCAAAAAAGUUGACUGUUGACUUGCUGUCUUCUAAGAAAUUCUUGGGCAUAUUAAACCUUGUUGACAAUUGUGGCUAUGCCAUCGUGUCUCGGUCUGGACCAUGGCACAUGCACAAGACAUGCUUCAGCUUGCUGUGUGAUGCUGAUGGGACAAUGUUCUUUGAGGCUCUCUCACGCCCGAAUAUUCCAGUUUUGGUGAAGCAGAAUAUUGUUUUUUAA